AUAACGGUCAAUCCGCCCAACAGGCCGACACGAACAUGACUGGCUGUAAAGGGUGUCCAUCUUACCGUUUAAACAUCACCUCCAUGUCCUUUAUUUGCUUCCGGGAGAACUCCUUAAAUUCCGUAUAAGGGUUGAAAACGCGACUCGCCCGAAGUGGAGCAUUGCCGUCGUUGAUGUCAAGCCUUCGGUUGAGUUUGGCGGAUAGCUCGGUGGAGGUGUCGCCACAGGCUGCUGCAGACUCCGGAACAUCGGUUGUGGCGAGGUUCUCCUCGAGGUCUGGCUUCGUCUCGGCCUCCUCCGAAGCGACCAGCCGUGACUGUAGCUUCUUAGCAAGCUCUUCGGACGCCAUACUGUUCAAGUGAUGUUUGCUCACGAUGGCUGUCAAGAGUGCUGUACAGCCGCUUGUCAAACCGCGUCUGCAGGACACACUACUUCCGCUCAGCUACCAGUAAAGAACCACAUAAUCCAAUCCAGCCUGUGUGUGGGUUCUUGGCGGGACGGGUACACAGCAGUUACAUUGGUGCCGUGACCUGAGACUUCUAUCAAGUUCGUCGAACCGGUGACCGUCCUGCCUACCACAUCGCUCCAUGAAGCCAUAAGUUCACAGUAUUUGUGUGUUCACAGUUUACAAGGGUAGCAUAUAUUGCAGUGAAGCUCAUUAUAGUGUGUCACAGCGGCACAGAUAAUUUUAUGUGGCAUAGCAGUACCGUGUCACACAGACUGCUGAUUUGUUUUAUCAUUUUGAUUCUAUUUGCCAUUUUCUUAUUGAUGAUUUCACAAAGUGGGGUGGACUGUUCUGUAUUGUGGCAGACAUUUUUGAAACAUGUCUUUUCAGAGUAAUCCACUGUUCCCAAAGUUUGGCACACCCAUUCAAGUUGGCAGAGGCAGGGGUAUGCCUACUCCCAUCCCGUUUGCUGUUGAUAGUCCUGCCCCAGGUGUUAGUUUACCCUCAUUAGAGGCAGUUUCCAAUGCUAGCGUACAUAAUGCAGCUAACCAGCACACUAGCUCUUAUUUGCCUCAAGUCACGUCUACACCAAAUCCUAUUGGUAGCGUCUCUGAGUGUGUAGCUGACCAGAUGAGGACUGUCAUUCAGGAGAUAGGUCAACAGUUAGCUGAUAGCAUCAUGUCACAUAUGCAGGCAAAUAACACAGUAACUCCUGCUUCAACUUUCACACAGAAUGUAACAAGCACACUGAGUCAGCCUAGCCAUGUGUCUGAUGUAUCUCAGGUUCAGGUGGUCACACAGAGGAAGGUUAAGGAACCACCAUCAUUUGUAGGAGAUGGGUCGGAUUCAAUUAAGGUGCAUGAAUGGGAAGAUCUGAUGAGAACAUUCAUUAAGAGGAGUAAUGUGAGAGUUGAAGAGCAGGCUGAGGAGAUCCUUAUGCAUUUGAGGGGAAAAGCUAAGGAUGUAGCGAAGUUUGGCAUUAGGAACAGUAAUAUUGACAUGUAUGCUCAGCCCGACCUGAUUUAUGGUCUACUUAGAAAACACUUUAGCUGUACUAGGUACUCUUCUGUCCCCUUAGCUGACUUUUACUCGACUUUGCCUAAAGACCAGGAAGACCCCUAUGACUACUGGCUGAGACUGAACAGAGCAGCUGACCUCGCCAUUGACUGUCUGAGAGAGCAGGGCAAGACGCUGGACAACCCUGAAACAGAGGUGACUCGCAUGUUUAUUCGGAACUGUCCCUGCAAAGACCUGGCCCUCACUUUCAGAUCCAAAACAAUCGACAAAUGGUCAGCGUGUGAAGUACUGGAGGUGCUGAAUGAGUACCAUGCUGAGAUGAGCUGCAUAGCAACUCCCCCAGUACACACUGUGAAGAGGAUGGACAUCGCAGUACACGCAGCUGAGGUGAGCCAUAGUCCAGCCCUUGACCGCAGUGGUCACGAGCCACCUCAAACCCAGAGCCCUCAGUAUGUCCCCCUAGCGGAGGUGAUGGCUAUGUUGGAAAAGGUUCUGCUGUGUGGGACCUCUAACCAGUCACAAGUGAGGAAGCGAGCUCCACCCAGGUGUCUUGAGAACAAAGUUGACAGGUUCACUGACAUGCCAUGCAUUAUUUGCAAAGAUGAAGGUCACAGUGCUUUCUCUCAUUGCCGGGAGAAGAGGCUUUGCUUUAAGUGCUAUGCUCCAGGCCAUUCACGUCGUGACUGUCCAGCGAGGAGGACCACUCCACAGCCUCAGGAAAACUGACCGAUCUGCACACAGGGGAGGACCGUGCAGAUCAGCUAAUUGAACCUCCAACAAGUUAUGAGAAGCCCGACAUGCUUGAUAUUGAAUCCCUCUAUGAGUCGCACAGCAGUUAUAGUGGCAGUACAGUAGUCUCGUCCAAGAAACUGAUCUUUCAGGGAUCCCAGAGAAUAGCAGAGACUGAUAGCCUGUUCUACACGCCUGUACUUGUAAAGAAUGGCCCCACUUUCAAAGCACUGUUAGACAGCGGGUCAAUGGCCUGUACAAUAAGUGAGUCUGCUGUUGAGUCCCUGCUGCAGCAAUGCCCUAACAUGACAAAGGACACAGCUGAUGAUUAUGUCAUUGUAGGCUGCGGUGGACACCGCGUUUCCCCCAAAGACAUGUAUAACCUUGAUGUUACCGUUUAUGGAUGCAGGAUGAUCGUUCCGGUAAUGGUUGUACCUGGCCAGACAGAAGCAAUGAUCCUUGGCAGUAAUGCUAUCAAGCAUAUCCUAACUCAACUGAAGAGCACUGACGGCUACUGGAGGCUUGUUUCCUCGCCCGACAAUGGUCAGACUGAUGACCACUGCCAAUUCUUGUCACUACUGUCCAACACAGAGAGAUGGAGAGGUGAAUGCAUUCCAGAUAAGGUGGGAACAGUGAAAGUCAAAAGUUGUGUAACACUGAAACCACAGAGUGAGCACCUUGUCUGGGGCAAGUUACCUGAGUCAGCUGUGAUGUCAGUAGGCAGUACCGUGGUCGUUGAGCCGACCCAGUCUAAAGCCAGACCCAAACAAAUCCUUGUUGGAAGGGUUAUUACUCCACUUUGGGGAGAUAGAUGGGUGCCCGUUAAAGUCAUGAACCCUACAGACAGAACUGUGGUGCUGAGAAGGAACGCCAAGAUCGCAGAUGUGUCCCCCUGUAUCGCAGUGGAGGACCUACCCAAAGCAGAGGAGGUCAAGUGCAACAUGCAGUGUGUGCAGAGCGAAGAUGUGCAUCCGAGGUCAGAAGAGGACAUGGUGCGUGCACUGGAGACUCUGGGCCUGCAAGACAUUGAUCUGAAGUCAUGCGAAGUGUCACUGCAGUGGAAAGACAAGCUUGUUCACAUUAUUGAAGAAUAUGAGUCAAUCUUCUCCAGACACAAGAUGGACUGCGGAGAGGCCAAAGAGUUUGUGCAUUGCAUCCACCUUGUUGAUGACAAGCCGUUCCGUCUACCAUACCGGCGCAUACCACCAAGCCAAUAUGAGAAACUGAGAACGACUCUGAAUGAGAUGGAGGAAAAAGGCAUUAUUCAAAAGUCGAGCAGUGAAUAUGCAUCUGCACUCGUUCUCGUAUGGAAGCGGAAUGGAGACCUCAGAGUAUGCACUGACUUCAGAUGGCUCAACGCAAGAACUGUGAAGGAUGCCUACCCACUGCCGCAUCAAGCAGACGCUCUAGCCGCACUCGGUGGAAAUGCUCUAUUCUCCACGAUGGACUUGACAUCAGGCUUCUAUAAUGUCCCCUUGCACCCUGAUGACAAGAAGUAUACAGCAUUCUCAUCACCCUUUGGACUUCAUGAAUAUAACCGUCUCCCUCAGGGCAUAUGCAACAGUCCAGCUACCUUCAUGAGGAUGAUGAUGUCAAUAUUCGGUGACGAGAAUUUCACAAGCCUGUUGUGUUACCUCGACGAUCUGAUGGUAUUUGCACCUACAGAAGAAGUUGCACUCAAACGCCUGCAGGUGGUGUUUGCCCGCCUCAAGGAGCACAACCUUAAGCUCGCACCCAAGAAGUGCUUCUUCCUCAGGAGGAAUGUGAAAUUUCUCGGGCACGUCAUCAGUGAAGAUGGAGUUCGAACAGACCCUGAGAAGGUCAGAGCCAUAAAUGACCUAAAGGUCGCAGACAUUAUGGAAUCUGAUGGUAAAACACCUUGUCCUAGUAAAAUCAGAUCGUUUUUAGGCAUCAAUCAAUCAAUCAAUGUUUAUUUAUAUAGCCCUAAAUCACAAGUGUCUCAAAGGGCUGUACAAGCCACAACGACAUCCUCGGUACAGAGCCCACAUACGGGCAAGGAAAAACUCACCCCAGUGGGACGUCGGUGAAUGACUAUGAGAAACCUUGGAGAGGACCGCAUAUGUG